AUGCUGGAAAGGGGCAAGGGCAAGAUGGUCCGUGCCUUCCACCACGCCUUCAGCACCAACGACUGCUCGCGGAACGUCUACAUCAAGAAGAAUGGCUUCACGCUGCACCGCAAUCCCAUCGCCCAGAGCACGGACGGGGCGCGGACCAAGAUUGGCUUCAGUGAGGGUCGCCAUGCCUGGGAGGUGUGGUGGGAGGGCCCCCUGGGCACUGUCGCUGUCAUCGGUAUUGCCACGAAGCGGGCAGCCAUGCAGUGCCAGGGUUACGUGGCCCUGCUGGGGAGUGACGACCAGAGUUGGGGCUGGAACCUGGUGGACAAUAACUUGCUGCAUAAUGGGGAGGUGAAUGGCAGUUUCCCCCAGUGCAAUAACGCGCCCAAAUACCAGAUAGGCGAAAGGAUUCGAGUUAUCCUGGACAUGGAAGACAAAACAUUAGCGUUUGAGAGGGGCUAUGAGUUCUUGGGAGUUGCCUUCAGAGGACUGCCAAAAGUUUGCCUGUAUCCAGCAGUGUCUGCUGUGUACGGUAACACAGAAGUGACUUUGGUCUACCUGGGAAAACCUCUGGAUGGAUGACAUGGAUUGUUUUGUUGGGACAUCGAGAUGUGGAUGAUUGGGAGAAGAAAUCUGCAUGUUGGUUAGAGGGAAACGUGUAUUAGAGGAAAAACAAAAAAGUGUGGGUGCGUGUCCAAGAACCAUCAAGGGAAUCACACGGAGUUUUGAAACGGAGGACCAGCCAUACUUCAGGAAUUGUGUUACAUUUCCUCUUUCUACCAGGCCAGAAAAAUCCUCAGGGUUGCAGUUGGUUGAGUGGGAAGCUGACACAUGCAUGUUGCAACAGAUUUCAUUGCUAAGAUGGCACCGUGUGACCUCAAAUAAUUUAAGAAAGGAUUUGAUAGAAAACUGCUUGAGGAAAUUAACCCGAGAUUUGUAAGUAGCGUGUUUUGUGAAAGACUCCCAUUUUAAAACUGCUUGUUCCUUCCCUUCCCUCCUUUGGGCCAAAGUGGGUACCGGAGGAGAGCGAAUCUGGUUGGGUUUUAUUUACA